AUGUCCACCGCCGGGACCGAGACCUCUGCAACAGCAUUGUCCGCUGAGGAAAGGACCCAACUGAUGCAGUCCGACGCCAUGGAGGCGUUCCUGAACAAGGCCUCGCGUGUCAUUGAGCGCGUGCUGAACACGUCCAGCAAGUACGAUAUUAUGAUCGACUACGGCGCGGACGUGGAGCAGGACAGCGUCGUGGAGGAAGCCAUCGAGUCGCUCAAGCAGCAGCUCGUCUUUGCGGACGAGAAGUGGUCCAAGCACCGCGCUGUCACGGAUGUGGACGUGUCCCCGUUCUACCCGGAGCUCACGCUCGUGGCGUCAAUCACGGAAGGCGUGGUGCUCUUGUGGUCGACGGCACUGCCUGGCCGGCCAGAGUACCGGUUUACUUGCCAUUCACAGGUUACUGCCGCCUGCUUUAACCCGUUCGAUCGUCAUAUGAUCAUUGGCGGCACGUACUCUGGACAGAUCGUAAUUUGGGACACCCGAGCGAAGAGCGCUCCAGUUCAGAAGACUGCGCUGUCAGCAUUCAGCCACACACAUCCGAUCUACGCCAUGGCGGUUGCCGGCACGAAGACCUCGUACACCCUGAUUUCAGCGAGUACGGAUGGCCGCGUAUGCGUGUGGGACAUUGACCACCUGCAAAAGCCGCUGGAUAUGCUGGACCUUCGCAUUUCGCUCUCCAUCAAGAUGGAAGCAUCGGUGACAUCGUUUGCGGUUUUAGGCAAGGAAAUCAAGGAGCUGUUCAUCGGUACGGAGGCCGGUAAAUUGUACUCGACAAAGGUCGACCAGCAGAAGAACAAACCUGGAGCUGCCGACGAUAUCUCGAAGGAAGGCUCUCAUUUCGGUCCAGUCACAGCGAUGCACUUCAACCCGCUGUUGCCGAUGCACCGUGACAGCCUUUUGCUUACGUGCUCGCUGGACUCGACGGUCAAGCUAUGGAGUAUCGAGCACCCAGACUCCCCAGUUCUGUCAUUCGAGCCGUCGAGCGAAUACAUUAGCGAUGUGCGAUGGUCGUCCGUGCAUCCCGCGUUGUUUGCGGUUGCCGACAGCAGCGGCACCGUCAGUAUCUGGAACAUCCUGAAGGACGUUGAGGUGCCCGCUGUUUCUGAGAACAUCAGCAAGAAGUCUCUGAACAAGGUUCGAUGGAGCGCCGACGGAAGAAGUGUGAUUACGGGCGAUGCCGACGGAAAGUCCUUCAUCUACGAAGUGCCCGCUGAUGUACGUUAUCUUCUCCACUCUUGCUGUCCUUGUUCACCAUAG